GUAAAAAAGUAAAUGGAGAAACAGACGCGACGUAAACACAUAUUAUUAUAUUACAAUUUAACAUUAUAUUUAACAUCGCCAUCUAUAGCGGUCAUUUUUUUAUUUAGGUAUCAUGAUAUAGGAGUGGAAUAUCUUACAUUAUUAUAUGUUAUUAGAUAUAAUUAUAUGACUGCAUAGCAAAUCAGUAUUAUACCAUAACUAUUUAAAGCUUGGGUUACCCAAUUGCUUGUUAAGUGUGCAAUGUUUGACAGCAGGAUGUGGAAGUUGUGUCUAUGCGUGUGCCUCGUAGCAGGCGUAGUUUGUGAUCAGAAAGGUGAUGAAGCAGAAUCAAAGAUUGUUCGUAUUUUACAAGGAUCUGUCCGUGGGUAUAAGGACCCAGAAGCGGACAUCUUUGUCUUCUACGGAAUCCCAUAUGCUAAGGCACCGACAGGACCAAAUAAGUUUAAAGCACCUCUACCUGCAACAAUUUGGUUAGACACUCUGGAUGCAGUUAAUAAAGGGAUAAUUUGCCAUCAACCUAAAGAAAUUUAUCAAACGUAUGGGCAGGAUAAAACUGUGCAAGAAGAUUGCCUUAUUGCAAAUAUAUACGUACCCAAUACAAUUAAUAAGAAUCUUCCUGUUGUAGUUUAUGUACACGGAGGUGCUUUCCACUUGGGCUAUGGUAAUUUAGUAACUCCAAAAAAUCUAGUAAGAACUAAAGAUGUAAUAGUUGUGACAUUUAAUUACCGGCUUGGUGUACGCGGUUUUUUAUGCCUGGGUACAGAAUAUGCUCCUGGUAAUGCUGGUAUGAAAGACCAGGUAGCAUUAUUGCAAUGGGUAAAGAAAAAUAUUGCUAGCUUUGGGGGCAAUCCAGAUGACGUCACCGUAGCUGGUUAUAGUGCAGGUUCUGCAUCUGUUGAUCUUUUAUUAAUAUCACCAUUAACCAAAGGACUUUUUACUAAAGCAAUACUGGAGAGUGGCUCCAGUAUAGCAGUAUGGUCGUUACAACAAGAUCCACUUAAAACCGCAAAAGAUUACGCAAAGUUGCUAAAUUUUACAAAUGUUGAAGAUUUCUAUGCUUUAGAAGAAUUCUAUAAGACGGCACCUUAUGAAAUAUUAGCAUCUAAAUCAUUCUUAGAUAUUCCUGAUUCAACUUUUGGAUUUACUUUAUGUGUCGAACGUGAUACAGGGGAAGACAAGUUUCUUGAUGAUACUCCUGUUAAUAUUUUGAAAACAGGAAAAUAUAAUAAAGUACCCUUGUUAUAUGGAUUUGCUAAUAUGGAAGGUUUAUUCCGUUUACCAUUUUUUGAACUAUGGAAGGACAGAAUGAAUGACAAAUUUUCUGACUUUCUACCAGCUGAUUUGCGGUUUGAGAAUGAAAAGCAAAAGGAAAAAGUAGCUGAGCAGAUUAAGAAAUUCUAUUUUAAAGAUAGUUCAGUAACUUCAGAUACUAUAACUGGUUAUGUCGAUUAUUUCACUGAUAUAAUGUUUGCUUAUCCAGCACUAAGGUCUGUAAAGUUACAAAUUGAAGCUGGUAAUGACAAAAUAUUCUUGUACGAAUACUCAUACUCAGAAGAGGGCAAUAUUCCGAAACAAUACCCAAGUCUCCGAGGAGCAGAUCAUUGUGCUCAAACAUUGGCUGUACUGGAUGGAACAUUCUCUAUAGGUACAGAAGAAAAAAAUAUUAGUGACGAUUUUUGGAAAGUUAAAGGUUCUGUAAGAGAUUUAUGGUCUAAUUUUUUUAAAACUGGUAAUCCAGUGCCGGAGGGGUCAUCAUAUCCAGCGUGGCCUCCUGCAAACGCCGAUGUCUCUCCGUAUAUGGAAAUAGGGAAGGAGCUGAAGCUAAAAGGUAUACUGCUUGAGGAACGAGUCCGUUUCUGGGAUGCUAUCUACGAGCAAUACUAUCGGCCUCCCGCAACACCGCCGAUGCCACCCUCUAAGCAGUUUUAAAGCCUAGUUUUUGGAUUACAGUUUUUUUUAUACUCUGUUUAAGAAUGAUAAAAGUAUUCGAUAAUAGUGAUUUUGAA